AUGGUGUAUUGUCAGAUGGAGAGAGAGCCAUAUGAGUCACCAGUAUUUGGUUCAGAUAAUUAUAACGACGACCGGACUUCUGACCGUGUGCCUAGCCGAAGUCCAUGUGAGAAAUCCCUGAACGACGGUGUCGCUUCUUGCAUUGGCCAAUCUGCGGAAAGUCACUUGGUAUGUCAAAUUCUGGCCGAGCCCCGAAAACUGGAGGCUCGUAGGCUCCACCCUCAGGUCUACGCUCGGCAGCCCGGCAAACCCCAUCGUAUAAACCGAAUUAGCCUCACCCACAUUGGUGACGGUCCUGUUAUAACUCAGGGGAGAAUUUCCAAGAAUAACCGAGAACGAUGGAUAAUUCAGUUCCCCUUCUGCUAUGGCACGAAUUUCCAAGCACCUGACUGGACGGUUUACAAUUAUCUGGACCUGCUGGUCUGUGUAAUUCAAUCCACACAGAUAAUUCACGUAAUCUUCGGGCCGGAUGUCGUAAACAAGCCCUGGGUCCAUCGCCCUUGA